UGAAUAAUUCCCCACUGACCUGUCUCUGAGAAGACUCUGAGUGACAUUGGACCAGCCUCUCACCGAACACCCUGGCGUACGGGGGAAGGGAGAAAUGAGGAUGGUGGUUGGUUACAGACCAUUCCCCGCCUGGGGUACUGGGGAGGAGUGAAGAGCCCGGGCGCGUCACGGUGGGUGUGCGCGCCUCGGAGCUUGGGAUAAAGGGCUGGCAGCGAGAGGCGCUCCGCUCCCCAGCAGCCGGCUACCCUAGAGGUGCGAAGUUCUCCCGUGCUGUCGAGGGAGAAGGAAGACUAAGAGACACCACAUAGUCAAAGCGCGGAUAAACGACUGCGGAACUGCGGAGAAGUGCCACUUGGGCACAAACUUAGGAGCGCACAAGUUGGCAGCAGACGCCUAAGGGCUCCUAGCAGAGCCGGAGGUAGCCCGCCCUUUUCUACGACUUGGCUGCAAACUUCAACGACCUUCAAAACUGUGUAGUUCCACCGCGAUCCGCUCUCGAAAGAGGCCCGAGCCAACAGAUCUGAAAGACGCCUUUGGUUUGGAAUUAACUCAAGAAGAGUUUUGACAUCGUUCAUCAUGAACAGUGAAGAAUGGUUUAGAGUAACUGCUUUGCUUGUCAUAGCUCAAGCAGUUUCUACUAUGGUGCUUCCCAAUACAACAGUAUUUGAGGACAUGCUGGAAAAAUACAUGGAUGAAGAUGGUGAAUGGUGGAUUGCAAAGCAAAGAGGAAAAAGAGCUAUCACUGACAAUGAUAUGCGAAGUAUUUUGGAUAUUCAUAAUAAAUUACGGGGUCAAGUUUAUCCACAAGCUUCCAAUAUGGAAUACAUGACAUGGGACCCAGAGUUGGAAAGAUCUGCUAAGUCCUGGGCUGAGACGUGUCUUUGGGAACAUGGACCUGCAAGUCUUCUUCCAUCCAUUGGUCAGAAUUUGGGAGCACAUUGGGGAAGGUAUAGACCUCUAACAUUUCAUGUCCAAUCAUGGUAUGAUGAAGUGAGAGACUUUACUUAUCCAUAUCCUCAAGAAUGCAAUCCUUAUUGUCCCUAUAGAUGUUCUGGUCCUGUAUGUACUCAUUAUACUCAGGUGGUAUGGGCAACAAGUAACAGAAUAGGCUGUGCAGUCAACCUGUGUCAUAAUAUGAAUGUGUGGGGACAGAUAUGGCCAAAAGCAAUUUACUUAGUGUGCAAUUAUUCACCCAAGGGCAAUUGGUGGGGCCAUGCCCCAUAUAAACAUGGUCGCCCAUGUUCUGAAUGUCCCCCAAGUUUUGGAGGAGGCUGUAGAGAAAAUCUUUGUUAUAAAGAAGGUUCAGAAAGGUAUUACUCUCCAGAGAUAGAAACCAAUGAAGUUGAACAACAUCAGCUACAUGUUCGGAAUACGUUACAAAAUCAAGUGCAACCACAAGCAUCUCCCCGUGAUGUCAGUGAAAGAAAUGAAGUCAUAAGCAAACAACAGAUGUCUCAAAUUGUUUCCUGUGAACUACGGUUAAGGGACCAGUGCAAAGGAACAACAUGUAAUAGGUAUGAAUGUCCUUCUGGAUGUUUGGACAGCAGUGCCAAAGUUGUGGGAAGUGUCUAUUAUGACAUGCAAUCAAGUAUCUGUAGAGCGGCAAUACAUUAUGGUAUCCUAGACAAUGAUGGUGGCUGGGUUGAUGUUACCAGGCUAGGAAGAAGAAAUUACUUCAUAAAGUCCUAUAGAAAUGGAGUCCAGUCAGUUGGGAAAUACCAAUCAGCUAAUUCAUUCACUGUCUCUAAAGUAACAGUACAAGCUAUCACUUGUGAAACUACGGUAGAACAAUUAUGUCCUUUUUAUAGGCCAGCCACACACUGCCCAAGGGUCCGCUGUCCUCACAACUGUAUGCAGGCAAAUCCACAUUAUGCCCGAGUGAUUGGAACUAUAAUUUAUUCUGAUAUGUCCAGUAUCUGCCGAACAGCAGUACAUGCUGGAGUAAUUCGCAAUGAAGGUGGCUUUGUUGAUGUCAUGCCAGUGGAUAAGAAAAGAAUGUACACUGCUUCAUUUCAAAAUGGCAUUUUUUCAGAAAGUUUACAGAAUCCUCCAGGAGGCAAAGCAUUCAGAAUAUUUGCAGUGGUUUGAAGAUAAGAAAAUGGCUUCUAUAAUAUCAAAUGCAAAUUUUUACAAGAAUUUAAUUUUGAUGCACUUCAAGUUUGUAUCAUAGUGUAUUAUGGUUGUACAGAAGAUAUAUACUAUUUGGUGAUUUAAAAAUGCAUGAGAAUCUUAAUGAAGAACAAUUUAAAAUGUUAAACAUUGGAAAUUGAAUUUGAGAAGUGAUGAUGAUGAUAGAAAAGUGUAUUAAUCCUCUGUUAAAUAUUGCUAUAUUUUCUUAGCAUUUAUUUCUAUGCAGUGCAUUCAAAACUCAUAAAUGUUCCACUGUUUUUUUAAAAAAACAGACUAUAUUAUUAGUACGGUUAAGUUUUAUAUAUGCCACUAAUAUUAACUGGAAAAGUAUAUUUAUGAUAAAAUCUAUAACUCUUGUAUAUAGAAUAUUCCAUUGUUUAAAACUAAAAAAUAGUCCCUGAAGCAAGGUAAAAAAAAAAUUAUAAAAAGAUUAGGAAACAUUGCCAGUUUUACAUAAUUUUUCCAUUGCCUUACAAGUAAGUCUUUUUACAAAAGAAUGUCAUUAUCUUUGAAUAUACAAACACACACAGUAGUAGGUUCAUUAUUAUAGCAAAUUUUAAAAUUGCAUUUUGGUAAAUGAACUUUUUUAAAAAAAAUAAGAAAACAUGGUUGGAUCCCACUAAUGACAUUACAGCAUUACAUCAUAAAGUGCAAACAUAGUUACGAAUUGAUUUUAAUUUUAUCCAUGUACAGACAUUAGUAGGAAUGACAUUUGAAUGCAGGUAAACUUCAAGUUACAAAUGUAAUAGAGCUUGCCAAUUACAUUCAUAACCCAAGGAUUUGUUGAUUGGAUCACAUUAAAUGAACGUGAUCCCUCCCUGCUUUCUCCAGUGCAUUUGCUAAUCAAAUGCACAGAAUGAGAUGAGUGUCCCAUUUCAGGGUGGGGAAGACCAUAAGGGGGUCUAGUGUUGGAACAGGCCACCUACUUCUGACCACCCAAGGCCUCCCCUGACCCACUGAGAUAUCUCAGGCUCUCUUGGGGUCCCCAUAAUUGCUUCCCUCCAGGGAUCCUGCCCCACUGGGUCUCCACAAGCCCAGUGGGGCAGGAUGGAGGGGGAAAUAGGCAAGGGGCAUGUUGCAACAUUUCUGUGGUUGGUCAUAAGAGCAAGCGACUGCUGUGGUGCUGCAACAUAUGUAACUUCAGGACUGGAUCAUAAAUACUUUUGGGGGGAGGGGAUCGUAAUUUUGAAUGGUCGCUAAAUGAACUGUCAUAACUCAAGGAAUACCUACAUACCUUUAGAACUGAGUUAAAGCAGUUAGAGUUCUUUUUAGGUUCCCUAGUCAGUCUUUAAAAUGUCUUGCAUAACCUUGCAAGUAUUAUUGAGUAGAUGUUAAUUAGAUCACACAAUAUUGAUGAAUUGUAAGAAUGUAUGAUAUUGUGCAUAAGUACUCUUUCUUCAUCUGGCAUACAUUCCUGCAGGGCAGGACAUAAUGCCAAGGAUUAUAAUCCCAGUAUUAUAUUUUUCUAUCAAUGAAUUUAAUUUCUUUCUAACAACAAGCGCUAUGCAUUAAAUAAAUCAUAUUGUGGAAUAUUCAGAGUAUAUUCUAAGGCUGUCCAGAAUGCUGAGUUGAAGAGUCUUAGAAAUCUAAAUUAUAAAUAAAUAAAGCUGGUGACAGUAUCAAAUUUUCUAAGAAAAAUAUGUUAUGAAACACUGUAAAAGUAAUAAAAACUUAUGUUUUGUUUUUGUAACUUUA